AUGAAUCUCCAAACUGCCGCUUUCCUCAUCAACGUCCUUGGCUUUCAGGCCGGACUGUCGGUUGCCGCUGGAGAAGGCGUCGAGGGAGAGACAGGCCGCAUGACCCUUGGCUUCAGUUGGGCUAACAAGGAGCAGCAAGAGAAAGACCUCCUCACCAAGACGGGCUCCCUCAUCCAGAGUCGCAACACCUUUGCCACGCACAUUGGAGAUGGAGUCUACUUGGGCAAUAGCCCGAUACAACGUGAUGGCGAUAGUCUCUUCGUCGUCACCGCUGACGAAGCCGCAUUCAAGGCCACCUCCAAGGCUUGGAUUCCCGAGGAAUACUGGACUCUACCCGGCAGAGAAGAUGACAAAAUGGUGGAGAGAGAGGCUGCCAUUUCCAGGGAUCAGCUCGAGUACUACAUGGAGGACCUCGGGCUGCAGUCAAGCCGCACCGUGAAACUGGCCAGGCUACAAGGUGCUGCGUCGGAUGAUGUCCUGCAGAUGCUUAUCCCCAACGACAUGAUUGCCCACGACCAAAACGGCGCUCCCAUCGACGUAGAAAGCAAGCUCGACACCAAGGUUGAACCAACUGAGCCUUCGUAUUGGAGCGUUGACUAUGAUGAAUGGGAGGGAAUACUCGGCAGCAAGGUCUACACCAAGGAGUCACUGCGCGAAAGAAGCGCCUCCCUGACGGAAAGGGCAACCAAGGCCGUCACUGACGCUGAAAAACUCGUCGAGGCCGAUUCCCCCGCUGCGGCGAAGGCGCUAGAAGAGGCGCUCGCCGUUUCAAAGAGAUGUGCCGAGGGCGUCGGCCAUUUUCACAGACGCCGCCCCGAAUGGGUCGAAUUUGACGACUUUAACACGGUGUACGAGCAGUACGCCAAUGCCCGCAAGGCCAGUGCCAAGCUUCGCAAGAUGAAGCUGACCAAGGCCGUGGAGGCGCAAAAGAGCAAGCUGACCGAGGCGGCGGAAAAGCUAGACGACGAAGCGACCCGGGCUGCCGCGGUUGCCGAGGCCCAGGAGGCCGCAGCCGAGAGUAACAAGCUCGUCGAGACAGCCGAAAAAGAGAUGGCAGACGUCGAAAAAGCCCACACCAAACUCGAAGAAGUUCGAGGGCAGCUCGACGGCGGCGAACAGGAAGAAUUCAUCGACCUGCUGGCAGAGAACCCUCAAGCUGUAUGGGCCACGCUCCAGGAGUCCUUCACGAGCAUGAACGGAAAGGAAGCAGCAUCGCUUGAUGCAGCCAUCAAGGACGAGGCGGACAUUACUCAAGCAGAAUACUCCAUCUUCCAGGAGGGCGUCAACGAGGCCAAGGCCAUGGCGACCGAGAUUGGGGAAAUGGUGACGGCACUCAAGUUUGUGGCUGAAAAGCCGGAAAUCCUCUGCCAACGAGCUGGCGGUUUCGACUGCGUGCACGUUUCGACAGACGAGUCUCGCCCGACGGGUGAAGAAAAGCCCGUCAAGGCCGAGCCAGUCGACGAGGGCGAGCUGAUUGCCGUCGCCCGGCAGAGAUCCAAGGAGAGCUUCGACAACCUCCUCGAGGAAUUCGACUACAAGAGCGUGGUCAAGCACGACCAGCUAUACAAGGAGCUCAACGAGCGACUGCCCGAGUUCAACCCGGUAUCCCGGACGGAAAGAAUCACCGGCCUAUCCGCCAAGUUUGGCGAGGGUGCGCUGGCCGUGGCCGGAAUCGCGCUAUACGGCAAAGCCGUUGCCGACGUUUUUUCCGGCGACGCCAGCGUACUAGACAAAGCCGCGGUCGUGACAUCCAUCCUGCCCGGCAUUGGCUGCGCCGUCCAGCUCGCGGAUAGCAUCGAACACGGCCACGUCGACGCAGGCCACACGGCGCUCUGCUUUGUCGAAGACGCCCUCUUCGUCACGGGAUUCUGGGAAAUCGCCCUCGUCAUGCAGGUCGGCGAAGAGCUCGGCAACUGGAUCCAGGCCGAGGACGAGCGCGACAGGCUCUGGGACAUGGACCUCCUCGCGCAAAAGGGCGCCGAGGGCUGGCUCGACAACGUGAAGCGGCUCAUCAAGCACCUCAAGUCGGACGAGUUUGUGGCCAACGCCACUACGCAGCUGUCGACGUACAAGAUCCUGACGCUCUACCAGGCGUCGCAGCUCACGGGCGACUUGCACGCCGCGCACCAGGUCUUGGAGAACGCGACCAUGCCGGCGCACGCGCGGCCCGAGCUGAAGCGGCAGAUUUGCUCGACGAUUGCGGAGAGCAAGUUUCAGCUGCAGACGAAGCUCGAGGCGAUUGCGCUCAACCACACGGCCAAGCUGGAGCGCGAGUUUAAGAAGAAAUUUCUCGACGAUUGGCUCAAGGCGGCGACGACGCCCACGCCCAUCUUUGGCAUCACGAUUCCGGACUGGUCUAGCAAUACAAGACGCAUCACCGAGGAGAUUGACCGCGCCAGGAGCAUGCCUCUGCCGCUGUACGAGGCAGAGGUGAAGAAGGCUAUUCGGCACGUCAUUGAGCGGCUGGAAACGCCCGCCCCGUGUCAGUGUGUGCAGGGCAGGAAGGGGGGUAAAUGCGAGUUUGGCGACUGCCAAAGCCCCAAGCCUGGGGGUCGCAUGGAUGCUGGAGGGAGAUUGUAUGCUACUAGUGUGGACUCCAUGGAGAGGGCACAGAGGAUACGCUUGACGCCAGAGUGCCAGGGACUCUUUACUACAUGCCCGGUUGGAACUAUGGCGAGCGACAUUGGCAGGCCGCUGUGGUGCACGCCGGGUAAAUGA